UAUGAUUAUUUAGUCUUUGGUGCGAUUUGUCAUUGCAAAAUUGUAAAGCUUUCAUCCGAUAGAAAAUUUAUUUAAAGUUACGCUUGUAGUGUUAUACUUAGGGACACUACAUAUGUAUUAUAAUUAUGAAACCUGCAGAUUUAAGUGAAGAGUGUGCGCCUCUAACGAGUAUGAAUGUGAUACGUAGCAACUCUAAUACCUCAUUUCCUGGGAGUAAGAGUAACCCAUCCGGUUCUCGUGAGCAUUUUAGUAUAUUCAGCGAAACUGCCUGCGGAGAGCCGUCGACUACUCAACAUUUGAUAUUAGAUUUUACUCCAGUUGAAGAAGAGGACAACGAGUUUGUUCAAAAUAAAUGUUGCUCAUUUUGGGAGUUCAUAAAUAGCAAAAAAGAUUUGCAAAAGUUUAUGGUCUUGCCAGAGUUAAAUGAAUAUAGUCUACCUAUGAGCGAAGAACCGCCGAACAAGGAAAUAAUUGAAGAUAAAACGCCUUUGAAAGAAUCUACCGCCGUAUCUAUGCUAGGUUUCGUGGAGGAAAAAGGUCUCAUCGAUAGAACUUUCGAAGCCAAACUUCCUAAGUCACUCUGUUCCCUCGGCUCACGGGAAUAUCAUGAUAACAGACAAGGGUUAAAGAAAACGAGUCCAUAUACGGAUUCAGCCCAAAAUAAAAAGGGUGCAUGGAAAAGUUAUGAGAAACGACAACCAGCAUCUGGUGUUCGUGAUACCUCUUCUGAAGCCAAGAUACUGAUGAGAGAAAUGCAUGAAUGGGAUAGAAGACAUCCUUGUACUAUGGAUCCUCCUGGUCACCUACCGGCACUAAGUUACUGCGUUCUACAAAGGAAACUCCUCAAUCAACGAUAACGUAAUAAAUCAGCCUGGGAAGACCCGUUUUAUCGCCGUCCAAAGGUUUUCCCGCAUAGAGAGACACACCAGGAGAUCGGCCUAUAACAAUACUUAUCCCGCAUUUCUUGGUAAAAAUACUCUUAGAAUCCCUUAGGCCGAUGUUAUUUUGGGCAUGUGUUAAUGAUUGAUAUUCAUUAUCUCCGAAGUGGUUCGUGAUGAAUCAUGUGCGUUAAUAAUAUUUAUAACCAUUAUAAGGUACAAAUAACCUAAUUAGCCGUUGGUAGAUGUAUCUUUAUUCUUUGUAGACGUACCAGAAAAACAUUAAGUAACAUAGUAGUUGUGACAGAAUAAUAAAAUAAAUAUCAUUCUCUCUUAUUAAUAAACGAAGGAUCGGUUGGACUUUUUACGUCGUAUUUUGUUUACAUUAAAAUGCAUUGUUUUGUUUUUAUUGUGUUCUAUGUGCUUUAUUUAAAAUAACAUUCAAAUAAUAUAAUAAAAUUUGUUUUUCGAUGAAGAGAGACAAUACAAUUUGUAACUGCAAGUAAGUGGUUCUAGUUUAUUCAUUGUAUAUUAUUAUAGGGGAUUUAAAUAAAAAAGAGACCUGUAAAGACACUUUAUUUAAUAUUAGGCUCUUAGUCGCGCGACUACCUGAAGUUGCACCUAGCCUCAGUAUAGUGGCAAACUGGGAGACUAACCCAGGUGGGAGAGUUGAAUAAAAAUCUUUCGAAUUUUCAUUUAAAUCUAGCGCAAUCAAAACGUCAAUUCGUUUAUUGGUCACAUUUAUAACUAUUUUUUGUGAUUACUAAAUUUAAAUACAAUUUUGAAAGAGGGUUCCUCUUUCCCGCUUGGGCAAAUCUCCUGGUUUUCCCCUACCCUAUCACCAGGGAGCUCAUAAAACCUCUUACAGUAAGCUUAUGGUGGUAACUUAAUGUCCAAAUUACUUUGACAGCACCUAAACAAUUUUUAGGACUACAACAAUUAAAGUCUCCAGACGUUCUAGUCAUCUUUCAUGACUCCAUUCAAUAGGAAAAAAUAUCCGCUUCUCCAUAAAGGUAAUUUUUUCACAUAACCUUCCUUAAAACACCUAAUCAAAUAAAUAAAAUGUAGGGUUGCGUUAAAAAUAAGAAAAUAGAUGUUCAUAUGUCCUAUAUAUAUAAGUAUUGAUAAAAAUAAAAAAUGAUUCUCAAAAAUUUUAUUAUACAUAAAAAGAGAAUAAUAUUUUGUUACGUAACGGAAGAUUGUAUUAAUGUCUAUACAAAAUAUCAUUACCUACGAGUAGUUAACCUAAUUGAUGAAUUAAAUAGUGAAACGAAGUUAAAAUGCAACACUAUUUCUUAGUAUUUUAUUUAUAAUGUUUAUUUUCUUAUAAUGCUUAGUACCUUAAGUAUUUAUAACUUUACUUUUAAUUACUUUUUAAUUUUGAUUGUAAUAUUAUGUGUAGCUAUAAUUUUAUAUUUAUUAUUAAAGUUAACUCUCAAGCAUGGUAUUUUUUAUGAAGAACAACAUUUUUUGUGUGCUGCCAAAAAUGAUUAUCUUCUCGGGCUGUUAAUAUGAAAGUAUAACAUAGAAGAAAAGAGAGUCCAUUUUCAAAAGUUUAUAAUAAUGGUUAAAGCGGUCCCAAUAGACAUUGUACUGCGACUAACUAUAGGCUAUAUUCUCGCU